CCGGCUAGCGGCUGCCGGGAUCUCGCGAUAAAGGCCUAUUGUCUCGCGCGAGCGUGCCUCCAGACGGCUUUCGGGCUGCUGUGGCCGGGGAAGAAGAGUUGCAUGUGUCGCUUCAGCUGGCGGGAGCGGAGGCGGCGGGGGCUGUGCGACCGGCUGGGUCUGUGAGAUGGCUACUGACAUUUCUGAAUCCAGUGGCGCUGAUUGCAAAGGCGAUACGAGGAACAGUGCCAAGUUAGAUUCGGAAUACCCUCUGCGAGUCCUUUAUUGUGGAGUCUGUUCAUUACCAACAGAGUACUGUGAAUAUAUGCCUGAUGUUGCUAAAUGUAGACAAUGGCUAGAGAAGAAUUUUCCAAAUGAGUUUGCAAAACUGACUGUAGAAAAUUCACCCAAACCAGAAGCUGGAAUUAGUGAAGGUCAAGGACCAGUAGGGGAAGAGGAGGAGAAGAAAAAACAAAAGAGAGGUGGAAGAGGUCAAAUAAAACAGAAGAAGAAGACAGUACCACAGAAGGUCACCAUAGCCAAAAUUCCUAGAGCAAAGAAGAAAUAUGUGACGAGAGUAUGUGGCCUUGCAACUUUUGAAAUUGAUCUCAAAGAAGCACAAAGAUUUUUUGCUCAGAAAUUCUCCUGCGGUGCCUCAGUGACAGGGGAGGAUGAGAUCAUCAUUCAGGGAGACUUCACAGAUGACAUAAUCGAUGUCAUCCAGGAAAAGUGGCCAGAGGUGGAUGAUGACAGCAUCGAAGACCUUGGAGAAGUGAAGAAGUGAGUCUGGAGUCACGUGUUUCUGAGCUGACCUGAGAGUUGACACGGCCAACAGAGGAGAGGCCUUUCAGAAAUAUAUACAUGUGUAUAUAUGUAUAUCCUACAGUAAAGCUGUAGACUCCUCAUCCUUGGCGUUCAUUGUUCUGUACAAGGCUGCUUGGUUGGUUUGUUUGGUUUGUUGUUUUUGUUUUGUUUUUUUAUUGCCAAAGUCUGAUACACAAAAGAGAGAGAGAAAGACUGUCAUGCUUAUGCAUGAAUCUGAAUUUAGUCAAAUAAAACAUUUUGGUCAUUUGGUA